ACGCUGAAAGCUCAAUUUCGUCCAAAAUCGUCCGUCCCAACUGUGUUGACAGCUUCUAAACGCCGCGACAAAGACUUCUUACAACUUGUUGCUAACUGAGGCAAAGACAUGCGCUGAAUUCUUCCGACUCUUGACACACAUACAUUUAACAAUUCAGUACUUUCCGCCAACUAAACUUCAACAAUUUACCUCACAAUGCCAAAAUUCCACAUCGCCUUUUUGUGCUUCCUGGUGCUAUACAGUGCGAAAAAAAGCGCCCAAGUCAGAGUUGCGACGACUUCGCACUCCACUCCGUCAGUCAAUCAAGUGCGAGAAUGUGUUCGUCAAUGGUCAAAGCAGUUGGGGAAGGAACUGUACGAACUAAGCUCGACCAUGACCCGAAAAGCGAAACUUCAAAAGAGCUUCAACAAACUAAAAGACAAAAUCCACUACGAAGUGGAGAGAACGCUGCUCAGGACAAUAACCCAAAAGCUGAAGAACACGAUAAAGAAAAAAGUGGACGCAGUGGCGAAUAUAGCGGAAUACGCUGAGUUCUUGGCUUUUCAUAGGAAAACCAACUACAGUGUUGUUAACGGUGUUAACGGGUCGGAUUAUUUGGACCCUAAUGCGUUCUUUUUUUACAACGCUGAUAAUAUAACCAACACGACUUGCGACUGUGAUAAAGAAAAAGACCUGGAGGACGAAAUCCGGGAGAUGAAGUGCAUUUGGUUUUGCGAACAGAAGGACCUUCCUGACCAGAAUCCUUUACCGCAUAAUAGCUUCACGAAGAAGAAAAUCGAAGACAUGUUUGGACCGGUUUGCGACUGCUCACAACAUAUAAGUAAAAGACCGAGCGAAAAUUACAAUUUGUUGCCUUUGAAACCCCAUCCCAAUUUCGACACUCCGGUCAAUUUUAAUCUGAGCGUUGUCAGAAUCGUGGCUAACGUUUUCGCGAAAGAGCAAGAAGUUAUGCAAGGAGCGAAAUGGACAGCACCACUCGAUAUGGUUUUUAAAGAAAAUUUAGCCAAAGAUCCCACUCUAAAGUACCAGUAUUUCGCAAGUCCCCUCGGCUACAUGAGACACUUUCCAGCGGUCAAGUGGUCUGACGAACGCUACGCCCAAACUUAUGACCCUCGCACCAGAUCAUGGUACACCGAAGCCAUGACUUCCCCAAAAGACAUAAUCAUCCUCCUAGACAGUUCUGGUUCCGUUCUACAACUAAAAAGAAAAGUUGCUGCUCACAUUGUCAAUAACAUUCUCGACACACUUAAUGACAAUGAUUUCGUCAACAUUUAUCUUUUCGCCAAUAGUACAAGACCUCUAGUUCCAUGUUUUAAAGACACUUUGGUGCAAGCCAAUGAAGAAAAUCUGCGCUUGUUACGCGAAACCCUUGACAACUAUAAACCGACGUUUCAGGCUGAAAUUGAAACCGGACUUGCUAAGGCUUUUACUUUGUUGAAGGAAAUGCGUCAGAAAAAAGUAGGUUCUGAGUGCAACCAAGCAAUAAUGUUGAUUACUGAAGAGGCCUUCUUCCGUAAAGACCAAAAGGAGUUCUUUAUGAAGUAUAACUGGAACGAUAGUACACCUGUGAGGGUGUUCACUUAUCUCUUGGAGAAAAAUGAAGGGGAUGCACACUUGUUGGAAUGGGUGGCUUGCUCCAAUAAGGGUUAUUUCGUCAAUAUAUCUCUAUCGCAAGAAGCUAGAGAGAAGGUGUUAUCUUACCUUAAUGUCAUGUCCAGACCUCUAAACAAAGCACAUAAAGACAACCCCAAAAGAGAGGAAUUUAUAUGGAGCUACCUCUACAUAGAUUUAGCUGACAGGAGAUACACUAAUUGGUUGUGGAGGAAAGUCGAAGGCAAUAGACAAAGAUCGGUGUUCUUAGACCACGCGAAGCGCGAGUUCCACCGACUCAAAAAAGUCCUAGCCAACUAUUCGCACUUCCUUCUACAAGAAAACCACGAUUACGAAAAAUACGGAAACGAAAUGAACUACGACUACAUGACUACCGUUUCGCUACCUGUGUUCAGUCGGAAGCCUGAAGACGUCGAUAUUAUAGGUGUCGCCGGUGUGGAUAUCCCCCUUAAGCUCCUCAUGUCUUUAAUUCCGCAUCACACGAUCGGAGUGAACGGAUACGCUUUCAUUGUAACAAAUAACGGCUAUAUUUUGAUGCACCCAGGUCAUCGGCGCGAGUUUAAUAACAUUCCCAAACCGACGUUCAACAGAGUGGAUUUACUUGAAGUGGAAAUUUUAGAUGAUACGAGUAAACCGCGGGAGUUUGGUGAACGGAUUGUAGAGAUGAGGAAAAAUAUUGUUCUGCAGAAGCUGAACUCCCUGGCUGAUGAUGUGUUGAAUGUCAAACAGGCCUUGGAUGAUCAUAAGAGGAUAAUUUUAACUAGGAGGAGGUAUGUGUAUAUGAAGUUGGUACCGGCGUUUACUGUUGGAAUUGCGUUACCAGACAAAUAUGGGAAUAUGGUCGUUGAUAUAAAGAAUGUCACAGGAUUUGAGAAGAGUCUUUUGAAUACCAAAAAUUGGACAGUUCAUCCAGACUGGGUUUAUUGUCCCGAUGACAGCGGAGCUGAACCAGAAGAGAUUGUGAAGCGCUGCCUACGCCAGAACCAGAAGAACAACACAAGUAAUAACCUAUUUACAAAUCGUUUGACACGAUAUAACAAAUUUUCAAUUUCCACAGAGGAACCCCUUCUCAAAGCCCUCCUGUUCGACGCAGAAGAAACCAAGUGGUUCGAAGAGGACAUACCAAACGAAGACUUCUUCGUCAGAAAAUUCCUAGUCGACAACGUCUUCAUGGCCACCCACUCGGGUCUAGUCAGAUGGAAGACUUGCCACCCGGAAAAGUACGAAGACGUGGUGGACGACGACGAAGGCAAAGGCAAGAAGGAGUACUUCAGAGGAAACAGGUCGAUAGACGAAGACUGGUACCAAAGAGUCGUCGAAGAAAACAUCGACCGAAACGAUGACGUCUUCAUCUACUCCGUCCCUUUCGAGAUCUCCGGCUACGAGUACAACACCAUGAUAACCAGCACGAACGCGAUCUUUGUUACCGCUGAGGGAAAAAAGUCGCCGGUGGCGGCGGUCGGAGUGCAGUUCAACCACCGGAAAAUGUCGGUUUUGUACGACGAAAUUACAAAAAAGUGCAAGGGUCCAAACGGGCAGCGGAUGUGCGCUUGCAACGCCAACUUCGUCCUAUGCUUCAUUUUAGACAACAACGCUUACAUUAUUUUGGGUAGUCAAAUCGAGUACACAGGCCGUUUCAUCGGAGAUGUGAGCCCCAUAAUCACGCAUCAGUUAAUUCGAAACGGCGUUUACAAACGAAUCGAAAUGUACGACUACCAGGCCAUUUGUCAGAAACCCCCUGAAGCCAAGAAAAAGAACGCUGGAACGAGAGUCGUGACGUUCGUCCGCACGCUGCUCGAAAAUUUGCUACGCAUAACCGACUGGGCGUUUGCUACAAUUUUGCUGCUCUUGUCUUCAGUGACCGCCGGUCCGGAGUACCAAAGCGCCAAAAAUGAGACUGUAUUGUACGAAAAGCUCGAAAUUAAUAAAACCGUGCCUACUCCUUGCGAUAAAGCGAUGUGGUUGUUUACGUUGGCUGAGGAUUUUAAGCCUUUUGCGUACGCAAAUACGAGCUCCAAAGAGGGGUGUAAUUGGUACUAUGUGGUGGAACGCAUCCCUCAUAGCAACCUCCUCUUCAUGGCUACCAACUACAACUGCGAAGGGGACAACCUCAGCAAGCUUCAGUCCCACAAUGAAACCCCCACACCUGUUGAAAUUGACUACCCCGACGAUCUCCCUUGCCACAUCGCCACUCACAACAAUUACACUCGCAGAUUUUACGGAGAUUCAUGUUACAACAACACCUCUGAUGAGGACAAUCUGAAUCUCAAUCGCUACUACUGUGGCCACACUUGGGAGCCGUAGACACCAUAAUUCCGUGCCUAAGCUAUCUCGAAUAAAUUCCUCUUGGAAAA